AUGUAUCGUCGCGUUGGCGUUGAUUCCUCGCCGUCCUCAUUAAUGCGCAACCUGUUCCUGAGCGGUACGAAUGGUGCCGAUAAAAAAUUGGAGCACGAAUUUCCAGCGGAGGUGAACUCACGCCUGCAAGCUGUGCUUGAAGAUGCUCUUCACAAGAACAUUAUGCUCAAAAAAAAUAUUGACACGUUGGGCGAGGAGAUUUCACGGCUUUCGCGUGAGAACCGUCAGCUGGCGCUUUCCCGAGUUAAAUAG